AUGCAUAAGUUUGCCUGCAAUGCAUAUGCUUCUCAAGAUCACAACAUCCCAUUUUCCGCUCAUUCCGCAAUAUAUGCUGCCCUUUUUUUCUCCGUUUUUUUCCGUGAAUCACGGAAGUGGGGAAGAGUGGUACUCGAGUACUUACAAUCGUUUGCUCUGGUCCUGUCCGGGAAUCUCGGAUGCCAGCGUGGUGAUCUUGGUGAUCAGAAGAUCAUACCUAAGUACAGCGCCAUGCCAUAA